CCAGCCCUGUCCCCUGGCUUCUCCGUUCUCUCAUCUCCCUCUCUUCUCCGACACUGUUACUUCUGCUCAUGGGUGUGAGAGAGAGCGGAGCUAAGCAAUGGCACUAAUUUCACCUCCCUUUCUUCUUUCUUGAUUCUCGCGUCCCCCUUUAUUUUUUUCACCAGUUUCGUCUCGCUAACAUAAGAAACGGAACCGUUCGCCUCUCACUCUCUGCUUUUCUCCGCUUCUGCCAUUCUAUUACUUCGUUGCGGAAAAUAAUUCACUUAAUCGGAACUCGGAGCCUUUCCGUUUUCUUUAGUUUUGUUGCUUUGCGAUCUCUGCUUUUCCGGGUCAUCAUCCUACAUGAGUUUUCACCACUUCGAAAAUGGUAGCGACCGUUUCCGCGGGGCUAUAAAACAAUUACUCUCCGCUCCUCUUUUUGUUUCCCAGCGUCCUCUCUCUAACAUUUUUGGGGCCAUAGGUCAUCCUGGCGAGAUCGAGUCUAGCAAAUCUGAGAUUGGAUUUCAGAUUCUGAACCCUUCCUUCAUGGAGACCAGAGCAACGGAUAAAAUCAUCGGUGAAGUCGACGGCCAUUUCCGGGUCGAGACAAGCGGCCUGUCCCUGAAUCUGACUGAAGAAGUAGAAGCUAAGAGGCCCGAUGCCGGCACAAGUGGCCACACUAAGCUCUGUGCUAGAGGCCACUGGAGGCCCGGUGAAGAUGCCAGGCUCAAGGAGCUGGUGGCGCAGUAUGGUCCUCAAAACUGGAACUUGAUCGCCGAGCAUCUCGAAGGACGAUCAGGCAAGAGUUGCAGAUUGAGGUGGUUUAAUCAGCUGGAUCCUCGGAUCAACAGAAGGGCUUUCUCCGAGGAAGAAGAGGAGAGACUGUUGGCGGCUCAUAAGGCGUACGGUAACAAGUGGGCUUUGAUUGCCAGGCUGUUCCCAGGGAGGACCGAUAACGCAGUGAAGAACCACUGGCACGUGAUCAUGGCGAGGAGGCAGAGGGAGCAGUCACACGUUUUCAGGAGGAGGAAACCCACUUCUGAGAACAAUGUUCCGAACGGAUUAAAACUCACUCUAACCAACAAUGCCGGCAGCGAAUCCAGCAUGUCAAGCACCAGAGACGAGUCUGCUUCAACCUGCACUAAUCUCUCCCUUACUCCCUCCUCCGCCAAACCUCUCCUUUCGACUCUAGUCUGAGCCCAGUUCAGAGUUUUCAAGGCGAAGGAACACCGAUCGGAGGAGCCGGCGGCGUUGGUUUUGACAAGUUGUUGGGCGGAAGGAGUGGGGCAGGCAUGGGAAAAGGGAAGGGCGCGGAGCAAUCAAAUAAUAAUUCAGAUUCGAAGUCGGAAGUAUCAGUGGGCGAGUCAGUGGGCACCAACAGGAAGAGUUUGUCAUAUUCUGGGGAAAGUGAAAACGUGGGCGAUAAGAGGGACAUGCCUUUCAUUGAUUUUCUGGGGGUUGGAGCUGCUGCAUAAAGACGAUGACUUGUGCACUGAAACAAACAAGAGUCAGAGAAGGAAACAGUGGGUUUGGAGGAGCAGGCAAGUGAAUCUGCAGGUGCAGAGCCCAUCUGCACCCUCGUGUGUACAGUUAGUUUCGUAAUAGGGAAAAAACUAGCCAAACAAGAAAUGUAAUAAGAGGGAAAAGACAAUGGGGAAAAAGCAACUAAAGAAAAAAAAGGGGGGGGGGGGGAGAUGGGUGUGAACGGGUGGAGAAUGCUUUGGCGUUUUGGGAAUGAGGAGAAGCCAAAGUAGGAAAGAGCUGGGGCGGUGUAAGAGUGAAUAGAAGUAAGUAGUAGGGAAAGUGGUUUAACAUGAGAGGGGUUUUGAGUAGUGCGUCUGCAUGGCCUGCAGUAUGAGUACUGCUUGGUUGACCCAGUUUUACAUUAAUUAGUGUGCUGUGCUGUGUUCUGCUGGUUCUAGCUCUAAUAUGCACCAUUAAAUGGUGGACUAGGGAGUAGUAGGGGAUUAAAUUAAAUGCUCAAGUAAAUUAGAGGGACGAAGCCACUCAUUCAAAAAAUCCCGGUGGGGUCUCUCCCUGCUCAUUGCUUUCGUAGAUUCUGAAAAACGUGACUUUGAUUUCCCAGUGAUUUUUAUGUCUAUUUCCGUUUGCAUAUGUAUUUAUGUCGGUGCAAAA